AAUCUCGAUCAUCUUCAACCUCCACGAUCGAUCCUCUUCUUGUUUCUUGUUCCCUUUUCGUUAAAUUCCUCACUAAGGUUUUUGUGAACAAGUGGAAUUAAUUACCUUGGAGAAGAAAUCAGCAUCAGAUUACAGAAUAAGACCAUAAUUUCAGUUAGAUCUAUUGAACGUCUACGUAGAAGAGGAAUUUUGUCGAACAAUUUCAGUUUUUUUCGAUGGUUUCGCUACAUAAGCGAUGAUCCGCAAUCGGAAGGGCGGAUUCUCGUCAACGAAGUUUCGGCGAAUUAGUUUGAUGGGUAUAAGUCUUGAUUGUGUAUGAAUAUUGGCGGUGGAAGAAUGAACAUUGUAAGAGGUGUUGCUGGUCUUAUUCGAAGGACAUCUGGCUAUGGUGGUGACUAUAGUGUAGGGUCAGCGUCUCAUAAGUUCCCUGUUCCAUCUCCAAAAGUUAAAUUCAGUGAUAUUGGUGAUGAGGCAAUUUUAUCUGCACUAUGGGAGAGAUAUCAAAGUGUCUCUGAAAAGGCAGAAAUACACAAGGCUUUUCAUAUAUUUCUUAAACAAUUUUUUGUAAUAUACAAGAAUUGGGAGCCAUUAGAUUUAGAUAAUUCCACAGAAGCUGCUUUGGGUGUUGCAUCUGGGGAGGAGUCUGAAAAUCCUGAUGAGGUUAUCAUUGGCUGUUCUACUGCACAUCCUGCUGAAAUCAUAGUGAUCUUGAUAGAAGAAGUUACAAAUAUAACAGCUAUGGUCACUGAAUGCAUAUCAGGUUCUUCAAGUAACUUGGUCAUUACACCUGAAGGUUUUCGUGUCUUAAAAUGUUUGACUAUCAUGACCCGGUCAAUGCAUAACUGUAAAGUUUUGGGCUAUUAUGGUGGUAUUCAAAAGCUGACAGCACUAAUGAAAGCUGCUGUUGUCCAAUUGAAAACCAUUGCUGGCGCGCUUUCAGCUGAUGAAACUUUAUCGAGUUCUAAUGUACAAAAGGCUGGUGUUUUACAAAAAAUACUUGUACAUGUGGUUUCAAUUUUAUGCGGGUUUAUCAAUUUACAGCUAGAUAUAUAUGGAAAAGCUCAGAUAGAUGUUGACAACUUGGAGGAUAGUAUUGAAAAGAUGGCCACAACUCCAGAACCUUUCAUUGAUUCAAGAGAUCCUCUUUCUGAAAAAAGAUUGCAGUGGCAUCAGAAGGCAGUCAUAUCAGUGAUGGAAGCUGGUGGUCUUAAUUGGUUAGUAGAGCUGUUGCGGGUGAUUAGACGAUUAAGUUUAAAAGAACAAUGGACAGAUUCGUCUCUUCAGUAUAUGACUUUAAGGACUCUUCAGUUGGCAUUGACUGAUAACCCACGUGGUCAAAAUCAUUUUCGGAGCAUUGGGGGCCUUGAGGUGUUGUUGGAUGGUUUGGGAGUUCCAUCAUUUAACUCUUUAAGUUCAAGGAAUUCAUCUUCUUCUGAUCAUGGAAGUGGAGAUGGAAAUCGUUUAAUGUGGGUUUUGCAGCUCCAUGUUCUUUCUUUGGAGGUCCUCAGAGAAGCUGUUUUUGGCAACUUGAACAAUUUGCAAUUUCUAUGUGAAAAUGGAAGAGUGCACAAAUUUGCAAAUAGCUUUUGUUUGCCAGCAUUUGUGUUUCAAGAAUUCAUGCAACAAAGAAGCAACUCAUCGGUGGAGGAUGAUUUGAAAGCCAAUAUUCAGAGUACAGGAAUAACAGAAAGUUCUUCGUCUGUGAAUAAACCUAGUUGUCAAUAUUGGAGUAAUUAUACUGUUAAUUUGAGCAAAACCCUCUAUUCCUUUAUCAUCCCAUUAGAGGAUUUAAGAUCACAUCAAGUGCAAUCGGGUCGUAGUACUUUUCCAUUUUCCUCUGUCUAUGGGGAACUUUCAAUAAAGUUCAUGAUGAGGGUUCUUCUAACUGUAUUUCCAAGCAUCAAGGCCUUUUCAAAUCAAAAUGAGCUUCCUAGCCACUUAAGAAUAUUUCUGUAUUCGCUGCAGCAUUAUGUGCUAUUUGUAUUUAGGAAGAUUCUAGUUUUAUCCCCCUCAUCACUGGAUGUAUUUCGGUCAGAAGGGGUGUGGGAUUUUAUCUUUUCAGAGCACUUCUAUUUUGGAAGUGGUUCAAAAGUAAUUCCUGAAGCUUAUUUUAACUACAGUGAUGAUCGCCCAUGGAGCACUGAGCCUUUUACUCGUUCAAGAUCCACUAACAAUCGAGUACCAAGCUAUGAAACUGAUAUCCUUCAAACAAAUGUAAUUUCUGUUGUGGAAUUUGCUGCAACACUGGAUGCAACUUCACAUAAUAUGCCUGAAUGUUCUGUGCUGUUAGAUGCCCUGGAACUGUUUGCUUGUAAUCCUGAGGUUACCACUGGUCUAGCAAAGUGUCUACUCCACAUUUUGCAGCUUGCACCUGAGAAAACAUUUACUUCUUUUAAGACACUUGAUGCAAUUCCUCGUGUGGUCAAAGUUACUUGUAUUCAAGCUCAAGAAUCCAAAAAACCUGAAAGUAAAAGGAGUAGUUCACAAAUUUCAAAGAAAUCAAAGUCACCAGAGAAUGUUCGUGGUUGGCGGGAUAGUAUGGAAGCUUGCAUGCAGCUUUUUGCAGAGUUCUUUUCGGUUACUGAAGAAGCAAAGUUUUUGGUUUUGAAUAGUUCUACUUGUAUCGAUUGUUUGUUUGAUCUUUUCUGGGAAGAAUGUUUGAGAAGUUCCAUGCUUUCUUAUAUCUUUGCCCUCAUGAAGAUCAUUCCAUCUUCCGAAGAAGACCAAAAGGCAAAGUUAUACUUAUGUUCCAAAUACUUGGAAACCUUUACACAUCUCAAAGAAAGGGAGAAAAACUUUGCAAAACUAUCAAUUGAUCUACUGGUUGGGAUGAGAGACAUGCUUGUGAAAGACCGGAUGUACUUCCAGACUUUGUUCCGUGAUGGUGAGUGUUUUCUGCAUGUUGUAUCUUUAUUGCAUGGGUAUGCUGAAGAUGAUGAGGGUGAAAAACUGGUUUUAAAUGUUCUUCAAACUCUAACCUCUCUGCUUACGGGUAAUGAUGCCUCCAAGACUGCUUUCCGAGCUCUUGUUGGAAAAGGUUAUCGGACACUGCAAAGUUUGCUGUUGGACUUCUGUCACCGAAGACCCAAUGCAGGUCUUUUAACCGCUCUACUUGAUAUGCUUGUUGAUGGAAAGUUUGAUCUCAAAAAGAAUCCUGUUAUGAGGAAUGAAGAUGUUAUCUUGCUUUAUCUGAGUGUAUUGCAGAAGAGCAGUGACUCGAUGCGAAAUGAAGGGCUGAACAUGUUUCUUCAUCUACUGAGAGAUUCCAUAUCAAAUAGAGCUUCAUGUGUCCGAGUGGGAACACUUAGUUUUCUUCUUGACUGGUUUCCUUGUGAAGAUAAUGACAGUGUUGUCCUCAAAAUUGGCCAGUUAAUUCAGGUCACUGGUGGACAUAGUGUAUCUGGGAAAGAAAUUCGCAAAAUAUUUGCUCUGCUUCGAAGUGAGAGAGUGGGGACCCGCCAGCAGUACUGCUCAUUAUUAUUAACCAAUAUUUCAUCUAUGCUAAAUGAAAAGGGACCCACAGCCUUCUUUAACUUUGAUGGAAAUGAUUCUGGAAUAAUAAUCAACACGUCACUGCAGUUACCUCUUUAUAAAGGAUAUUCUUUUUCUUGUUGGCUUCGUGUAGAAAGCUUUCCUACAAAUGGAACAAUGGGGCUUUUUAGUUUUCUUUCGGAUAGUAGAAGAGGAUGCUUGGCUGUCCUUGCAAAGGAUAGGCUUAUUUUUGAGUCAAGAUAUCAGAAGCAACAGUGUGUUUCAUUUCCUCUCAAUCUUGUUGGUAAAAAAUGGCAUUUUCUGUGCCUAACUCACAGUAUUGGCAGAGCUUUCUCAGGAGGGAGUCUAGUAAAAUGUUAUCUGGAUGGAGCUCUUGUUUCAUCAGAAAAAUGCAGCUAUCCCAAAGUCAAUGAACCGUUGACCGGUUGCAUGAUAGGAGCACCGAUUAAUUUGCUUUCUUAUGAAGAAGAUAUCACUUCCUCUUCCAGCAAAGAAUCAUCUCCAUUUUUUGGUCAAAUCGGUCCAGUUUAUCUCUUCAAUGAUGCCAUCACUCCUGAACAAGUGCAGGGAAUCAAUUUCCUAGGCCCAAACUAUAUGUACUCUUUUCUUGAUAAUGAACUUACAGUGUCUGCUGAUAACCAACUGCCCAGUGGGGUUCUUGAUGCCAAAGAUGGUCUGGCUUCCAAGAUUAUAUUUGGACUCAAUGCACAGGCUAGUAAUCGCAGGGCGUUAUUUAAUGUUUCAUCUUUGCUGGAUCAUGCGGUUGACAAGAGUUCAUUUGAGGCAACUGUUAAAAAUGGGACUCAACUAUGCUCUCGCCGAUUGUUGCAACAGAUUAUCUACUGUGCUGGGGGCGUUUCUGUCUUUUUCCCUCUCUUCACCCGCAUCGAUUUGUACGAGAAUGACAGUCAGAAUCUGCUGACACCUAUAACUAAAGAGCGCAUAACUGCUGAAAUCAUUGAGCUUAUUGCCUCUGUUCUAGAUGAAAACCUCUCAAAUCAACAGCAAAUGCUCAAUCUUUCUGGAUUUUCGGUUCUUGGUUUUCUGUUGCAGUCACUCCCUUCCCAACAACUUAAUAUGGAUACCUUAUCGGCUCUCAAACAUAUGCUAAAUGUCAUCUCAAAUUGUGGCUUGGCUGAAGUCCUUGUGGAGGAUGCAAUAUCGCAUGUAUUUCUCAAUCCUUUCAUCUGGGUAUAUGCAGCCUACAACGUGCAAAGAGAACUAUACAUGUUUCUCAUUCAGCAAUUCGAUAAUGAUCCAAGGCUUCUAAAAUCUUUAUGUCGUUUUCCACGUGUUCUUGAUAUAAUCCACCAGUUUUACUGGGAUAAAAUGCCUUCUCCCAUUGCUGGAAGCAAACCUCUCUUGCAGCCUAUAACCAACAAAGAUUUUGGAGAGAGACCCAACAAAGAAGAAAUACAAAAAAUCCGGCUGCUUUUACUGAGUAUUGGUGAAAUGAGUCUUAAGGAGCAUAUUGCAGUGUCGGAUAUUGAAUCUCUUGUAUCCUUUUUUGAGACAAGUCAAGACAUGGCAUGCAUUGAGGACAUUUUACAUAUGAUUAUCCGAGCUCUUUCUCAAAAAUCACUGCUUGCAUCUUUUCUUGAGCAAGUCACUGUAGUUGGUGGCUGUCGUCUUUUUGUCAAUCUGCUUCAAAGGGGCUAUGAACCAAUCCGAUUGCUCGGUUUGCAAUUCCUGGGAAGACUUUUGGUUGGCAUCCCAUCUGAGAAAAAGGAGUCAAAAUUCUUUACUUUAGCCAUGGGAAGAUCAAAGACUCUUUUAGAAGGCCCCAAGAGAAUCGAGUUAAGGCUGCCGCCCAUUUUCUCUGCCAUGUCAGACAGGCUGUUCCGAUUUCCUCAGACAGAUCUUCUUUGUGCAACUUUUUUCGAUGUUCUUCUCGGUGGUGCUAGCCCGAAACAGGUUAUACAGAGACAUAAUCAGCCUGAGAAGCAAAGAAACAAAGGAACCAACGUGCAGUUCUUCCUACCUCAAAUAUUGGUUCUCAUUUUUAAAUUUCUGUCUAACUGUGAGGAUGCAAAUUCAAGAAUAAAAAUACUUGAAGAUUUGCUUGAAUUGCUAGAUUCAAAUACCUCUAACAUUGAGGCACUUAUGGAAAAUGGAUGGCAAGCAUGGUUAGUUGCUUCCAUGAAGCUUGAUGUGUUGAAAACCUACAAAAUGAAACCACAACGUGAUGGUGACCCUGAAUUAGUUGAGCAGAACCAUGUGAAGACCUUAUUUUCUCUAGUUCUAUGUCACUACAUACAGUCAUCAAAAGGUGGAUGGCAACCUCUGGAAGAGACUGUGAAUUUUCUCCUCAUGCAAUAUGAACAUGGUGGCAAGUCGUAUUGGUAUCUGCUACGUGAUAUAUAUGAGGAUUUGAUGAAGCGUCUUGUGGACUUAUCUUCUAGAGAAAAUAUCCUUUCCUCACAGCCAUGUCGUGACAAUACAUUGUACCUUCUGAAACUAGUUGAUGAGCUGCUGAUCUCUGAACUUGAUAACAAGCUUCCAUUUCCAGCAUGUGGCUAUGAUUUCUCUCCUGAACACAUUCGGUUGGAAAAUGAUAGAGAUCUUGUUUCUGCUUUGUACGAGGCCCUUCAGGGAGAUGGUCAUGAUCAUAUCUCAAAGGCUCACAAGCAGUCUGUCUCUAAUCAAAUUGAAAAGAUGGAUGAAUCAUGGUGGAAUCUGUAUGACAAUUUAUGGGUUGUGAUUAGUGAAAUGCAUGGGAAAGGGCCAAGCAGGUUGUUACCAAAAUCAUCAUCAUCUGUAGGGCCAUCUUUUGGUCAAAGAGCACGUGGUUUGGUUGAGUCACUUAACAUUCCUGCUGCAGAAAUGGCUGCGGUUGUUGUGUCAGGAGGACUCACAAAUGCACUCAGUGGGAAACCAAACAAAGUAAUCGAUAAAGCCAUGCUGUUAAGGUCUGAAAAGUGUUCAAGAAUUGCUUUUCGACUUAUGAUUGUUUAUCUAUGCAAAUCUUCUCUUGAAAGAGCUUCACGAUGCGUCCAACAGUUUAUUCCCAUACUGCCCUGUAUCCUCUCUGCUGAUGAUGAGCAAAGCAAAAGUCGACUACAAGUUUUUAUCUGGGCAUUGCUUGCUGUUAGAUCCCAGUUUGGGAUGUUGGAUGAUGGUGCUCGGUUUCAUGUCAUUGCUCAUUUGAUCCGUGAAGCAGUUGACUGUGGGAAGCUGAUGUUGGCAACCAGUAUUGUUGGAAGAGAUGAUUUAUUGGAUACAAGCAGUGUCUCAAAGGAAUCCGGAACAAUCCAGAACUUGAUACAAAAGGAUCGCGUGCGUAUUGCGGUUUCAGAUGAGGUUAAAUAUUUAAGAAAUAGCCGUGCCGAGCAAACAAAACAAGUUGCUGAGUUUCGUGUUAGAAUGAAUGAAAUUAUAUCUUCUGAUUUGAAUCAAUGGAGAGCUUUUGAAGAUGAUAUACGCAGUAGCUUAAAUUCUAUUCUUGCCUCAGAUGACAGCAGAAGAGCUUCCUUCCAGCUUGCUCAUGAUGAGGAGCAACAAGUCACUGCUGAAAAUUGGAUACACAUACUUCGCACUCUGAUAGAUGAAAGAGGUCCAUGGUCAGCUAAUCCAUUCCCCAACAAAAUUGUUACACACUGGAAGCUUGACAAGACAGAAGACAGAUGGAGGCGUAGGCAGAAGUUAAGACAAAAUUAUCAUUUUAAUGAAAAGCUUUGUCAUCCUCCUUCAACUGUUCCUACCAAUGGGACUAUUCCUGCUCCACUCGAAACAAAGUCAGGGUUUGCAGCUCACAUUCCACAGCAAAUGAAACAGUUCUUGCUUAAAGGGAUUCGAAGGAUUACAGAUGAAAGUUUUUUGGAAUCUGUAGAACUUGAUGCUGAAAUCAGUGAGCAGAAGGCUUCCACCAGUGAAGAUGUACUGGAGAGACAGAACUCAGAGGCUCCAAAAGAGGAAAGUGAGCAGCAGAGGGAUUUCCAUGACAGGAAAGACCAUUCCUCUACUACUACUAGCUCAAUAGAGUCGGAGGUGCUCAUGUCUGUUCCAUGUGUACUUGUUACACCAAAAAGGAAACUAGCAGGUCGUUUGGCUGUGAUGAAGAAGUUUCUACAUUUUUUUGGGGAGUUCUUGGUUGAAGGCACAGGUGGAUCAUCUGUUUUUAGAAAUAUUCAAGCAUCGGGUGGUUUUGAUUCAAAUAGAAGCGAUAAUUUAGCAGCACAAAAGCAAAAGUUCAUGAAAUGGCCACUUAAUUUAGAUUUAACAUCCGAGGGGGAAGCCUCUGAUAACAUAAAUGCAGUUCUUGGUAAUCUUCUUCAGAAGCAAUCUGAAAACAUCAAGCGCCAUAGAAGAUGGGAAAUUGGCAAGAUAAAGGCUGUCCACUGGACUCGCUAUUUGCUCAGAUACACUGCCAUAGAGAUUUACUUCAACGAUUCAACCGCUCCAAUAUUUUUUAAUUUUGCAUCAAAUAAAGAAGCCAAAGAUGUUGGAAGCUUGAUAGUUUCCACUAAAAAUGAAUCUGUUUCUCCAAAGGGGUACAGAGACAAAUCUGGAGUUAUUUCCUUCAUUGAUAGACGUGUUUCAUUGGAGCUUGCUGAAACUGCAAGAGAAAGCUGGAGGAGAAGAGACAUUACAAACUUUGAAUAUUUAAUGGUUCUCAAUACCCUUUCGGGCAGAUCAUAUAAUGACUUGACUCAGUAUCCUGUGUUUCCUUGGGUAGUGGCAGAUUAUUCAUCUGACAAACUUGAUUUUAGCAAGUCCUCUACUUUUCGUGAUCUUUCAAAGCCUGUUGGAGCACUGGAUCAAAAACGGUUUGAGGUUUUUGAAGAUAGAUACCGUAACUUCUCUGACCCUGAUAUCCCCAGUUUCUUUUAUGGAUCUCAUUACUCAAGCAUGGGUAUUGUGCUAUAUUAUCUCCUUAGGUUAGAGCCUUUUACAGGCCUCCACCGUACAUUGCAGGGUGGUAAAUUUGACCAUGCAGACCGACUUUUUCAAAGUAUUGAGAGCACAUUUCGGAACUGCCUUUCUAAUACAAGUGAUGUGAAGGAGUUGGUGCCUGAAUUCUAUUACAUGUCAGACUUUCUUGUUAACUCAAACUCUUACCAUUUUGGAGUGAAACAAGAUGGUGAACCUUUGAAUGAUGUUGGCCUCCCUCCUUGGGCCAAGGGAUCACCUGAAGAAUUCAUUAGUAUAAACAGAGAAGCACUAGAAAGUGAAUAUGUUAGUUCAAAUCUCCACCACUGGAUCGAUUUAAUCUUUGGCUACAAACAACGUGGAAAACCAGCAGUUGAGGCAGCAAAUAUCUUCUAUUAUUUAACAUACGAAGGUGCUGCUGAUUUAGAAACAAUGGACGACGAGUUACAAAGGGCAGCCAUUGAAGACCAGAUUGCUAAUUUCGGCCAAACCCCGAUUCAAAUCUUCCGGAAGAAACAUCCUCGAAGGGGCCCACCAAUCCCAAUCGCCCACCCUCUACGAUUUGCCCCUUCUUCCAUUACUUUAUCCUCCAUAGUUUCUAGUACAAGUACACAUCCUUCAGCCGUGUUGUAUGUGGGUAUAUCAGAGUCACAUGUUGUCCUUGUGAAUCAGGGACUCUCCAUGUCAGUCAAACUAUGGUUGACCACCCAAUUGGCAUCUGGCGGGAACUUCACCUUUUCUAGCUCACAGGAUCCUUACUUUGCGAUUGGUGCUGAUGUGGUUUCGCCUCGUAGAAUUGGUAGCCCUUUGGCUGAAAAUAUUGAACUUGGAGCACAAUGUUUUACAACAAUGCAGACGCCAUCUGGCAAUUUUCUUGUUUCAUGUGGCAACUGGGAAAACAGCUUUCAGCUCAUUUCCCUUAAUGAUGGACGAUUGGUGCAGAGUGUCAGACAGCAUAAAGAUGUUGUUAGCUGUGUUUACGUCACAUCGGAUGGCAGCAUCUUAGCAACAGGCAGCUACGACACAACCGUGAUGAUUUGGGAGGUUUUACGAAUGCGGACCCGCGGGAUCCCAAGCGACACCUCCCACCGCAAAGACCACGUCAUCGCCGACACACCAUUCCACAUCCUAUGUGGACAUGAUGACGUCAUCACAUGUGUAUACGCGAGCACAGAGCUGGACAUAGUGAUCAGCGGAUCAAAAGACGGGACAUGCGUAUUCCACACCCUCCGGAAAGGCAGAUACCUGCGGUCCCUCCAACACCCGUCGGGGUGCCAGGUGUCAAAACUGGUGGCAUCAAGGCACGGAAGGAUCUUGCUUUAUGCUGAGGAUGAUUUGAGUUUGCAUCUUUAUUCGAUUAACGGGAAGCAUCUGAAUUCAUGCGAGUCGAACGGGAGGUUGAACUGUAUCGAGUUGAGUGGGUGUGGUGAGUUUGUGGUGUGUGGGGGGGAUCAGGGACAGAUUGUGGUGAGGCUGAUGAGGUCGCUUGAGAUAGUUGGGAGGUAUAGUGGUGCUGGAAAGAUCAUUACUUGUUUGACUGUGACACAGGAGGAGUGUGUGUUGGCUGGGACUAAGGAUGGGAGUUUACUUUUGUAUUCCAUUCAGAAUCCCCAGCUUCGUAGGACCACUGUUUCCAGGACUUUAAUUAAAGCCAGACCUACUACACCUACACCUACUUCUGGGACCUGAUUUCAUGCACGUUCAUACCUUUAGUUGACUUCACUUCAGUGCAGAUUAUGAUAUAACCGAUCCCUUUACAUGAUGACAUUACCAAGAUGUACAACAAUACACAGACAGUAGUACCCUAUAUAAAUAUUCGUGCAUUUUCCCCCUUUCAAUACUCCCAAGGAAAACGGUGAAACUAUGGGUUGACACAUUCUAACACACACUAAUUCAUGUACAUUAUAUGUGGCCUCUUUUUUUUUUUUUUUUUAAUAAACUUAUAUGUAUUACACAUAAUGAAUUAAUCAUGAUAAAUGUAACCAUAGAUGUGUUGAUCCCUUUGUACAUAUGAGAUCAACUCCUUGUUAUUGUUAGUUAUAACUUAUAAUGGCGAUCCCCAUUUUCAGGGGUUUAUAAAUAUUUUUUUUCAUCU